UAAUUUCAAUUUAUUUAUUACUCUCUGUCUCUUCGUUAAUGUUUGGCUGCAAGGAGGAAUGGCGGCUCAGUCUCGAAACACCGCCACCGUCGUCCCUGUCAAUGUGGGCGUGGUUCUUGACAUGGACUCCUUGGUUGGGAAGUUAGGGAUGAGUUGCAUCGACAUGGCCCUCUCGGACUUUUACGCCACCCAUCCUCACUACAAAACCAGGCUCCUACUCCACACCAAGGACUCCAUGGAUGACCUUGUUGCCGCCGCUGCCGCCGCUUUGGAUUUGAUAAGGAAUGUACAAGUGCAAGCAAUCAUAGGGCCAAGAAGUUCAAUGCAGGCCAACUUUGUAAUCAGUCUGGGAAACAAAUCUCAGGUUCCCAUCAUCUCCUUUUCCGCAACAAGUCCUUCCCUCACUUCCCUUCAAACUCCAUACUUUUUCCGGGCUGCUCAAAGCGGCUCAUUUCAAGUGAAAGCCAUAAGUGCCAUUGUCAACUCUUUCGGGUGGCGAGAAGCAGUGCCCAUCUAUGUCGACAACCAGUUCGGGGAGACUCUCAUACCUUACUUGACAGCUGCUUUACAAGAGACCAACACCCGGGUCCCUUAUCUGAGUGUCAUUCCGGUGUCGGCUACCGAUGAUCAAAUCGCCGAAGAACUUUACAAGUUAAAGAACAUGCAAACGAGGGUGUUCAUUGUGCAUGCGACGAUGCCUCUUGGCCUUCGGAUUUUUGCCAAAGCAGAAGAGAUUGGAAUGAUGAGUGAAGGGUAUGUUUGGAUCAUGACUGAGUUGAUGACUACUUUGUGGAGUUCAAUUGAUUCCUCCUCUAUUAAUUCAUUCCAAGGGGUGUUAGGUGUUAAGUGUUUUGUUCCAAAAUCGAAACAACUUGAGAAAUUCACUCUACGAUGGAAAAGGAAGUUCCAGAGAGACAAUCCCGAUAUUACUAAUGCUGAAAUGAACAGUUUUGGAUUAUGGGCUUAUGCUGCAACUUUUGCACUUGCCAUGGCAGUCGAGAAAGCUGGCACUGCAAACCUGAGCUUCAACAAGCCAAACAUUUCCAGGACAGACCUUGAAACAUUGGGUGUCUCACAAAAUGGUCCUCGACUUAUCCAGGAAUUAUCAAAAAUUAGAUUCCGAGGCCUUUCAGGAGAUUUUCAUUUCGAUAACGGGCAAUUAGAAUCGUCUGUGUUUGAGAUAGUUAACAUAAAUGGAAAUGGCGAGAAGGUGGGGUUUUGGACACCCGAAAAUGGACUUGUAAGAAACACAGGUUCAAAGUAUUCUUCUAAGCCAAAUCUUGGUCCCAUUAUAUGGCCAGGGGAUAGUCAAUUGGCUCCUAAAGGUUGGGAGAUCCCAACAGAAGGGAAGAAAUUAAGAAUUGGGGUUCCAGCGAACAUUGUUUAUACUGAAUUUCUUCAAGUAAUCUGGGAUUCUAACUCUAAUACAGCAAAAUCAGUUCGAGGCUACUGCAUUGAUAUUUUUGAUGCUGUGAUGGCUAAAAUGCCUUAUCCUGUUGCUUACGAGUAUGUUCCAUUUGCAACGCCUGAAGGAAAAACUGCCGGUUCUUACAAUGAUUUGGUCGAUCAAGUGUACUAUGGGAAUUAUGACGCUGUGGUCGGAGAUGUAACGAUUGUGGCCAACAGGUCAUUGUAUGUGGAUUUCACGUUGCCGUACAUAGAAUCUGGUGUAUCGAUGCUAGUGCCAAUCAGAGAUAACAAGAAGAAGAAUGCGUGGGUUUUCUUACACCCUUUGACACCGGCUCUCUGGGUAACCAGCGCUUGCUUCUUUGUGUUGGUCGGGUUUGUGGUUUGGGUUCUCGAGCAUAGAAUCAACGAAGAUUUCCGUGGACCACCGGCUCAUCAAGUCGGCACCAGCUUCUGGUUCUCCUUCUCGACCAUGGUGUUUGCUCAUCGGGAGAAAGUGGUGAGCAAUUUGGCUAGGUUUGUGGUGAUCAUAUGGUGCUUCGUGGUUCUCAUUCUCACCCAAAGUUACACUGCUAGCUUGACGUCGCUCUUAACAGUGGAGCAACUCCAACCAACUGUAACUGAUGUAAAUGAGCUGUUGAAGAGAAGGGAGAGUGUUGGUCUUCUAAAUGGCUCGUUUUUCGAGGGGAUCUUGUUGGGGUUGAAGUUCGAUAAAUCAAUGAUCAAGUAUUAUGGAUCUCCUAAAGAACUGAAUGAACUUUUUGUCAAGGGUAGUGCCAAUGGCGGAAUUUCAGCUGCUUUCGAAGAAAUCCCUUAUAUUCCGCUAUUUCUUUCCAAAUAUUGCGGCAAAUAUACUACUGUCAAACCCACAUUUAGAACCAAUGGAUUUGGCUUCGUUUUCCCGAAAGGAUCUUCUCUCGUGUCAGAUGUUUCAAGUGCAGUCUUGAAUGUUACUCAAGGUGAUGAUAUGGAACGAAUUCAAAACAAAUGGUUCAAGAGCGAUGCAACUUGUCCUAAUGUCGACCCCAUUGUUUCAUCAAACAGUCUUGGUCUCGAGAGCUUUUGGGGCCUUUUCCUCAUUGCUGGUGUCGCAUCGAUAUUGGCGCUCGUCGUUUUCGCAGCAAUGUUCUUGUAUGAACAGAGGCAUGUCUUGUUUCAUUUCCAUCCCAAGACUCCAAUGUGGCGAAAAGUUCGAAUCAUGUCGAGAAUCUUUGAUCAGAAAGACCUGAGCUCCCAUACUUUCAAAACAAACGAACCCGAAGAUGCAAGCAGCCAUUGCAGUGUCCAUAGUGUAGGUGUUGAUGAAAGAUCAUCAAACUCUGGUUGCCCCACAAGUCCAUCAAGCUUGUCGAACCGAACAUAUUCUUCGGACCUGGUUUUCAUUGUAGAACAAGGAUCAAGUACAAAUUCUUCCGAUCCAUAA